UUCUCCCUCGUUCCUUUUGUGACAUUUUCGCGAGUCGUAAACCUCGUUUCCUUUUGGAAAAUUUCUCAAAAAAUCACAUUAGGGCAUGGUCGGUAAAGUUUUAAAGUCUAAUAACCGUGACAUAAAAUCUAUAAUCGUGGUUAAGUUUUUUCGUGCCAAGUGCAACUAAACUAUCAAGAUUCCGCCGAUAAUUCAGAGCCUACCCAGUGGGUGGCUUAAUUUGACAGGACCGGGUGAGUCCGGCGCAUCUAACAGUGCCGGGCGACACGCAACGCGCUGCUGGCGUCGCGCGCUCAACGUCGACCCGCCCUGGCUCCGACGAGAGCCGGCCCGCUGACGACACACCACGCACGCCUGACACUUGUGGACUAGCGCUAACGGGCCGCCGCCACCGGGCACCGAGUACACUUGACCCAUCUCCGGACCGUCGUCAAUUCUCUCGAGCGCAGGAUAGCCGGCUGUCUCGGCCUCGGCACCCGCCGAGGCUCAGAGCCCGUCGGAGGACAGAGCACGCCUCUCACAUUGUGUCAGCACUGUUUGUGUGAAGAUCCUUGAAACGAUCGGAACUGGUGGGAAUUUAAUGAUCCCUGGCAAAAUGAGGGUAAUUGACGAGCAGCGUGUGUGUGUGCUGGACGGCGAGUGGAGCCCCACGAGCGUUAUCCGCGAGAUAGUGGAGGAGGGCAUUCAGGAGGACCCCUUCUACGUGAUGGACCUCGGCGAGGUGGUGGAGCGGUACCGCCAGUGGACGGAGUACAUGCCGCGCGUUGAGCCCUUCUAUGCGGUGAAGUGCAACGACGACAAGUUGCUGGUGCGCACGCUGGCGGCGCUCGGCACCGGCUUCGACUGCGCCUCGCGCGCCGAGAUACAGCUCGUCACCGAUAUUGGCGUCAAGCCGGAGCGCAUAAUAUUCGCGAACCCCGCCAAGAUGGCGUCGCACAUCCGCUACGCGACGGCGGUCGGCGUCACCACCAUGACGUUCGACUCGGAGACCGAGCUGCAUAAGAUCAAGCAGUACUCGCCCGAUGCGCAGCUGGUGAUCCGUAUCCGCUGCGACGCGGCGGCGGCGCAGUGCCCGCUCGGCAUCAAGUUCGGGUGCGAGCCGCUGGUGGAGGCGCCGCGCCUGCUCAAGCUCGCCGCCGUCAUGUCCCUCUCCGUGGUGGGCGUGUCGUUCCACGUGGGGUCGGGUGCGCGCGAGUGCGCGGUGUACGCGCGCGGCAUCCAGCUGGCGCGCGGCCUGUUCGAGCUGGGCGACUCGCUCGGCCUGCACAUGCGCCUGCUCGACAUCGGCGGGGGCUUCGCCGGCGACUCCGCUUCCGACCUCAGACAGGUGUCGCAGGUGAUCAACGCGGCGCUGGAGAGCAAGUUCGCGGAUCGCGAGGUGCGCGUGAUCGCGGAGCCGGGCCGCUACUUCGCCGCCGCCGCCUACACGCUCGCCGCCAUGAUACACGCCUCCAGAGAGGUACACGCGUACAGACAUGCGGACAUACUUAUAUCUUUCUUUUUUCAGACAACUUUGGUGUUGUGUCCACCUUGGGCUGUGCUCAAAGACCUGUGGCCGCUCAGCGAGGCCAGCAUCCAGGUGGAGACGCGUCCCAGCGGGCCACAGAGCCGCGGUGCCUCCCCCACGCCCACGCCCACUCCCCCGCACUCGCCCACCCCCAUGCACACGGUGUUCGUCGAGUGCGCGCUCAAGUGA